AUGGAUUUCAACACCAAGCAACCCUCCUCUUCUUCUCCUUCCUCAUCAAAAUUGCUUCAAGAAAAAAAAGCCAAGAAAAAGCAACAACCAGAAGAAGAAACCACGUCAACAGUAAGGUUUGUAGGAGUAAGAAGAAGACCAUGGGGAAGAUAUGCAGCUGAAAUAAGAGACCCGUCGACAAAAGAAAGACAUUGGCUAGGCACAUUUGAUACUGCAGAAGAAGCCGCAUUGGCUUACGACAGAGCUUCACGAUCAAUGCGUGGGUCUCAUGCACGUACAAAUUUCGUCUACUCCGACAUGCCGCGAGGCUAUUCUGUUACGGACAUUAUAUCUCCAGAUGAAAGCGACCAACUUCAUCCACUCUCGUCUUUUUUCAUUAGUUGCAAUUCCCAAUAUCAACCUCAACAGAUGACUAGCACCGAUCCUAGUCCUCCUCGACAGAUGUACUCUGACACUCAAGAAACCGGCAAUGUUAGCCACUUUGCUAGUGGAUUUUCUACAAACGAUAUGCAAAAUGGCUCGUGGUUAAAUCAAACGACGUUCUCUCAGCCACAGCAACAAGAAAGUGCUGGUAUUAGCAUAGUUGAUAGUGGCAGCAAACAUGUUUACAACGAUGGAUAUGAACUUCCACCAUUUCCUUCGGAUAUGUCUGAUUUUUCUGGGUGCUUUGGAUACUCCAGUAUGCCAGUUUCACCGUGUUUCGGGAACAACAAUAAUAUGAAUCAAGAUUGGUCUGAUUUGACGAGUGUAGUCGAGUCUUCCAUUGGCGGGUAUGAAUCGACGGGUAGUGGAUCAUAUGUGGGUUUUGAUUCGACCGAAUACGUUCAUAGUCCACUUUUUGGACAAAUGCCUCCUGUUCUUUCUGAUUCUGGUAUGGAUAAUUUGGAUUUGGGUUCUUCAGCUUAUUUCUUCUGA